AUGCCUCGAGUCAAGGAUGUCUCCGAGGAAAGCACCUCUACUCGUUCCAUGCCAAGGUCCCUCCUAUUAGACGAGUUGCUCGAGCAGUCUACCAGACAAAUCCUCAGGCAAACACUCUCCGUUGGAACGCUCCUCUCGACGACAUCUAGCUUUGCAGAACGCAUGAAUGCUGCGAGGGUCGAAGAUACUGAUCCCUACCACCUACGAGACAUCGGACGAGGUAGCUGCGGCAGCGUGUUCGAGAUACCAGGAACGGCGUACGCUAUAAAAAAAGGGGCAAACACCAGAGCCAUUUGGAAUGACUUCAACUUGACAAAUCUCGCUCACAACAGCUAUCUCACCUCGCUCGGCCUAUUUGAGUACACCUUUCGCGGACGUCUUGUGCCACGUGUAUCUAUGACAAGAUACUUCAACGGACCAGACAGUGAUGAGUUCUGGGCUGCAAACAUGAAACGUUUCCCUGAAGAAGACCGGACGAGGGCUGCGACCUUUCACCUUGACCACAUCCUAGCAGUACCUGAAGUUACUCGGAGGGCCUUGAUUCGACAAUUCUUCCAGGGAGACAAGCAGACUCAACACGAUGCACUCGCCAACCCCGAAAACCAAGACUGCCUGGUUCGGGUUUACUUUGGCAAAAACAAUCCAAAAACUCAGCCAUACGAUCGUACUGAUACACUUCGAAAUUUCCCUCUAUACCUCGAUGAAGCAAAAAUGAUUGGGCUUGAGAUCGAUGCAUAUGCAGAAGAGAUGGCUAUAGGGCUCGCACUUCUACACUGGAAAGCGGGCAUCCACGCACAAGACACCGAAUUUGUUAUUGGCAGCUCAAAAACGAUGACAUUUGGCGUACCCAAAUCACGGAUCUGUCCCGCCACCAGUAUCGACAACAGAUGA